GCCCCAGAACAUGUUCCCGGGGUCGCCGGCUGCCUGUGGGCUCCGGCGGCUGCUGCUGCCGCUCCUGCCGCUACCGCAGGUGACGCUGAGCUUCACGGACGGCAGCUGCGACCCCUCAGACCAGUGCCCUCCCCAGGCCCGCUGGAGCAGCCUGUGGCACGUGGGGCUCGUCCUGCUUGCGGUCCUCCUGCUGCUGCUGUGUGGGGUCACAGCCAGCUGUGUUCGGUUCUGCUGCCUCCGGAAGCAGGCGCAGGCCCAGCCACAUUUGCUGCCAACCCAGCAGCCCUGUGACCUGACAGUUAUCCCUAUGGACAGUGACAGCCCUGUGCACAGCACUGUGACCUCCUACAGCUCCGUGCAGUACCCACUGGGCAUGCAGCUGCCCCUGCCUUUAGGGGAACUGGACCCUGAUUCUAUGGCCCCUCCUGCCUACAGCCUGUAUGCCCCUGAGCUUCCGCCCUCCUAUGAUGAGGCUAUCAAGAUGGCCAAACCCAGAGAGGAAGAGCUGAUGCCUCCCCAGAAACCCAGCCUACUCGCUGGGGCCUCAGGCCUCCAGACUGCUCCAGGGCCCCAGAAGCCAGACCAAGAUACCCAGCACUCCCACUAUAGCACUGGUGCCCCUUGAAGGGGGCAGGAGAACCCCCUAAAGCCAUCGGACCAGAGUUUGGGGUGUGGGGCACUUGGAGCCAAGAGUCCCCAGUCUGUCUCACCGUCUUCCUCAGGAAGACCUGCCACCCGGCACUUUGCUGCAACACCUGCCCCAGCCCCAACAGGCCCUGAGUCUGAGGAGGACCCAUGGCCUGAGCCUCAGGAGCUAAGGGGCAGAUGUGACAGCUACAUCCUUUUAGAGAGAAAAUAAAGUUUGUAUUUAAGUAGG